AUGUCUAUCUUCGCAGUUACUCUCUUCGCAGAUAUCUACUCAAAUAUAGACAAUUUGUCGGUGGCUACUGACGACGGUUGCAUUUCCGCUGGAAUCAUUGUUGUAAUUUUCAAAGCAAUUAUUUAUCAAGUGAAUCGCGAGAAAAUAGUACGUGUGAUCAGGGAUGUGUUGAAGUGCGCCGAUGAUCUCACCGAGUUUUCUAUUUCAGACGUUGAUCGCAUCAGAGACAUUAUCAAGAGCCAUUAUACGUUCAACAAAGUGAUCUCCCACGGAUUUAAUAUCUUGGGAUGUGUUUUAGUAAUCGCUUUAUUAUUUUUUUCGCCAACGGAAAAUAAUUUACCAAUCAGAGCAAAGUAUCCAUUCAAUACCACAAUAUCGCCUUGGCACGAAAUUGCUCUUGGUAUAGAAAUCUGUGCUGUUUCUGGCGGCGUGCUUGCAAUACUUUCAAUGGAUAGUAUCACGGUGCUACUAUGCAAUUUGAUCAUCAUGCAAUUUGAUAUUUUGAACGUGAAUUUCGAGAAUUGUAGAAGGCGAGUGGUGAACGAUACUAAUAGAGGUUGCGAUGAACAAUGUUACAAAGACUUUGAACGGCACGUUGAGAAGACGGAAAGUUCAGUCUUUUUGAGUCGGUACAAGACCUGUAUUCGAUUCUAUCAGCGAUUGGUGUCUGUGACCAAAGACUACAAUAAAACCUAUAGCUCGAGCUUAUUCAUUCAGAUGCUUUCGAGUACCUCGAUGAUUUGCUUGACUGGUUUCCAGGUUGUCGUGGUCGGAGGGCAAAGCUCAGACGUCAUAAAGUUCGGGAUAUACCUAAGCGCUGCUGUAUCUCAGAUCUUCUACUCCUGCUGGAUCGGAAAUGAGCUGAUCUAUUCGAGCUCUGUGCUGGACAGAAGUCAAUGGCUCUCGGAUUGGCAUCAAGAACCUCUUUCUGAUAUUGUGCAAGUAUUCACGUUGUCUAUGAUGUCCGCUAGGCAGUCCACACAAAUAAAAGCUGGUGGCUUUUAUGUGAUGUCUUUGCAAACAUUUAUCACGAUUAUUAGAAGGUCUUAUUCGAUCUUUACAUUAUUGAACAAUAUGCAGGUGACAAAUUCCUGA